AUGGCUGGAUGGCUUAGAGAGAAGUGGUGCUGUUGUCAAUUGGAAAAAUAUCACAAAGAUUAUGCAUCUGGUUUGAGAUAUCGACUUUCAUCAACAAAUUGGAUUACACCUGCAUCAUUUCCUUUCGCAUUUGCCCCCCAGCGUUCCAGCUUUAUAAAGAUUCCAGCAUCAUCCUUUCUCGUGCCUUCCAUAAUUGAGGCGUUACAAAACUCCAACAAGUAUAAAGAUAUUGUCGAGAUUGUGCCGGGAGAAGCAGAUACAUUUUGUGCCAGCUAUGUCAGUCAACAUGGUGGGAUCAUUCUCACUGGCGAUUCUGAUCUCUUGGUUCAUGAAAUUGGCAUCGACAGUUCUGUAAGCUUCUUCCAAGAUGUUGAGCUCUCAUCCAAGGCCGAUCCAUGGAUGUUACAGUCCCAAGUAUUUCAUGCUGGGUCCAUCGUGAAGCGAUUAGGCCUUCCACCUUCUCAUGGUAUUCGCGCUCUUGCUUUUGAGAUUGUCAUGGAUUCCCAUGGUACCUUUUCCAAACUUUUGAAACAAGCAACUACAUUGAGCGCCAUCAAGCAGCACAAAGGGAUGUACGCAGAUUUUGUCAAGGAAUACUUGCCUGUUGACUUUGAUUUAGCUAUCUUUGAUUCAACGCUGGUAAAACGUUCUUUGGUGAAGACUGCUCUUCAAGCCCUUGAUCCUCGUGUUUUUGGAGAGAGGAGGAAAUCGAUUUUCGAACACAAAAGACAAGCGAGUACGUCCCGCGGGAGGGAGUGGGAGAUACCAGCUGCAUCAGACAUUUCAAGAGCUUGCACGGAAGUUUUGACAUUUCUUCGUGGAAGCCAGACCAAACUUGAAGGGCAAUGCAUUGCCGAUACUUGGACCUCUGUUGCAUUUAUACAAGACGCCGAGUGGUCAGAAUCAAUAGACAAGGUGAGCUUGGGCAAGAAGGUUUUGGCUGGACUCGGUGCCUCAAAUUCCGAUGACAUUUCCCCCAAAAAGAGCGAGUUGAAUUGGGAUAAGAUACAUUUUAUGGCUGAAAUUCAAGGCUCCUAUUACUCGUUUAGGAUUUUGAAGCAGCUAACAACCUUUUCGAUCUUGAUUGGGGGUCGUGAAUCAGUUUCUGGGCCACUGUUGGAACUAAAUGAUUUGCUUCAAGACCUCCCAAGCCUCAAUACCCAUAAUGGAUUCGAGAAACUGGACUACAUGUUGACAACAAUAAAGGAAUCCAUCCUUGAAGAUUCGUAUCAAGAAAAAGAAUUAUCGGCUAGCAUUUCUGCAGAAAAAUCUAAGCAAAGGAAGAAAAGAAAAAGAGACCAAUUGACUUCAUCCCGUACAGCAAACAAAAAGCCAACCAACCCCUUUGAUGUACUGGGUUCCGAUUGGUGA